GUGCUCAGCAGGCCAACACCAUAGCGACUGAGCAACCACGGCAGGCCAUUACCGAAGGAGGCCAGCAAACCUGCAAAUAGUACCAACUAACAAAAAAUAAAAGCUUUGUAGAUGUGGGCCAUUACGCAUACUGAUCUGCAAGCGCAUGUAAAUUGAUUAUUUUUCCGUCAACGUGCAUAAUUCGCGCCCCAUCCGCGCAUGGUUGUGCUGAUAUCAUCACGUCUCUCGUGUAAAUUAUCCUUCUGUGCAUCUUUCUUUCUUUCUUUCCUUCUUUCUUUCCUUCUUUCCUUCUUUCUUUCUUUCUUUCUUUCUUUCUUUCUUUCUUUCUCAAUAGAGUUCACCAAUCCAGGGUAAUUAAACCUCCUUUCUUAUAUAUACUUCAACAAAUAUUAGUAAAUGAACAGCAGACAUUCUGUCGAACUUUACCGAUACCAAAAAACACCGUUCACAACGCGUCGCAGCCGGUUAUAAUACGAUGGUAACAAAUGCUGUGCUAGCUAUUAGUGUUUCCGUGAAAUGUGGAAGCGUGAUUCACGCUGUUCUCACGUUUAAAGGUGCGCAUUUCAUGUCUUCUCCCUUGCCUGCGCCCUGUUCACGCGCUGUUCCCGUGCGACGAGCUCUGUUUGUGCGCGCGAUUCUCUGCGCUGUCCCGAGGCCACACGGCGCUGCGUGUACGGCAUCUGCUCGUCCUUCUCGCCGCGUGUGCUUAUCCCGCGUUUCAUUAUUUAUUUCUCUUUCCUCCCGUCGCUCAGGACUCCGCAAGUUCGCGAAUGAGACGGGCAUUUUACGAAAAACGUGACACGUUUACCCAUCUCACCUCCUUAGAAACCUCCUCCCCCCCCCCCCCCCCCCGACAUUUUUGUCGUCUUUACGCCACUGAUCGAGGCUCGUGAGGAUAGGAUGCAACAUAUGUAGAGUCAAUAAAUAAAUAAAUAAAAAAAAAACAGAGGAACAAAAAAACAAACAAGCAAGCAAACAAACAAACAAACAAACAAACAAACAAACCAACAAACAAACAAACAAGAAACUGUCAGUGGAAUAUAAGCCGGAAAACGCGGCAUUACGCUUCGCCGGGCCCUGCACAUGUCACGCGAGAUAAACUACGACCUUAUAGCGGUCAUAUACGUAAAUCCCUCGGCUGCCACCGUUAUAACUACGUAAUCUUCUCUCUCUCUCUAUCUCCGUCCCUCUCUUGCACACACACGCACACACUCCAGGAUACAGCGGGUCGCUAAAUGCAGCAGUCACAAAUUUACCGGUGAACCGUGAAAAGGUGAAUCACUCGGUCGGUUGAGAUGCGGCAACGCGGAACCUCCUGCCCUUGCACUGAUCGAAAAAAAAUACAGUUGUUGUUCGGAACAAAACCGGAUCUACGAGCAGCUGUCGAGGUUCACCGCGCGUGUACCGUUGUUGUAGCGGCACGCUCGGGUGCCUCGGGCCUCCCAUUGGUGGCCCGUUCGCUUCGAAGCCCAUAGCGUAGGUGGAACGCGCGGGCCAGACGUAGGCAACGCGUAAAUGACAGCUUCGCUAAAUACCCCCCUCUUCUCGUUAUCUCAAAUUUCUGCCUCGCGAUCGCUCUUACAAAUACGCGGACUCAGCGCUGUCUGCUUUUCAGAAGAGUUUCACCUGCCCGGUCCCAGAGUUUCUCCACUGUAGGCGAUAAUUUUUUUUUCGCAUAUCGCAGCGAAAUCGCUUCUUUUUCGUUGACUGAUACAGAAGCGAAAAGCGCGCUCGAUAAAGUCGUGGGUUUUAGAGUAUAGAGCUCACGUUAGCUCACCGCCAAUCGCUCAUAUAAAGCCAUCAAAGCUCGGCCAGCACUUAUCUUUCUGAGUCGUUUAUAACUUCCGUUCGCGGUGUGAGUGUUAAGGCAGCGCGAUGAAGUUCUCACUCGUUGCAGUGCUGGUCACCCACACCAUCGCUUCGGUGAGCUGCGCUACGGUACCGUCGUCUCCGAGGUGCAAGGAUCAAGACGGGCAGGAUGUUGACUGGUUCAUCGUGUACAAGCUUCCGCGGAUGCAAUCCAACCCGCAGAACGCCUUCACGCCCGAGGGAGGAGAGUUCGUGUACGUGGACUCACGGACCAGCCAAGAACCGCUGCGCUAUUGGCCGCUGUCGGAGCACGACCUGUACGAAGCUCAGAACCCGGUCGCACUCACGCUGGCCCCGCUGUACGAGAACGCUACAAGAAAGGACAUUCUGUACUUUGUCUACAACGACCAGCCACCGCCGAUCUACAAUGGAACGCGCAACGGCCACUGCAAAGGUGUCCUCCUGUUCGACGACGCGGUUGGUGUAUGGCUCCUGCACAGCGUGCCAAGAUUCGUGGGCGGGCUGCAGAGCGGCCAGUACAGUUUUCCGGACACCGCCAGAGAAAACAGCCAGAUGUUCAUGUGCGUCACUUUCCCGACACCACAAGUCAAUACGAUUGCGAGAAUCUUGCGCACCGAGUACGCCAACGUGUACGCCCGCCAGGUGCCGCAGUCGAUGCAGGACAAGUACCCAGAGGUGGCGCUACUCGCAAAGGACAGCUUCGUCCGAACCACUGACCAGAAGCUCUUCAUCGCAAACCUCACCAGCGCCGGGGGCACCGUCCUGCGAGCGUACGGCAAAAGGGCCACCCUGGACGAAGAUCUGUAUUCUGGGGUACUUGCCAAUGACCUGAAAGGCGACCUCGCCGUGCAAUCCUGGAGGAACGGUGCUGGGGGCAAGCUGCCGCCCGCGUGCAACUCCAGCUACACCGUCGUCAACGUUGACUCGAUCGUGCUGAGGUUCGACGCAGACAAUGCGGUCACGUUCAACACCACCGAGGACCACAGCAAGUGGGCCAUAACCAUCGACAGAGGCGUGUUCUGCUUCGCUUCCAUGAAUCGAAUGGAAUCGCAAGAAACCCGUGGCGGUGAGGCGCUCUGCUUCGACAAUGGUGUGGUGCAGGCUCUCUUCAGACGCAGCGCCAUCAUCAACACGGGAUGUACCGUAUAGCUCGGCUGUGACGCAGUCAGCCGCGAGUGGGACUGUGACCAACGGUCGCCCCACUUUGGGUCCGUUGACUACAGUCGCUGACAGGCUAUUAAGGUGGCAAAUGCACCGCGGUUCAAUUCGAAGAGAAAUUGCGGAGAUGUGCCAGUCAAUGACGUUUGCUCAGUUCCAUGACGUCAUAGCGGAGAAGAACGUCUUUCAAUAUCGGCAUCUCUAGGGAACUGUAUUUUCGAGUACGAUGGCACAGAGGGCAGUUGCAGUGUGAUUUUGUGCACGGAGCUUGUACUGAAUCCUUAGGUUGUCACAUAGCAUAAUCUCGCCUUGAAAACGCCGAGAAUAAUCUUGACGUGGCCAUAUAUUUGUCACCACCACCAGCUUUGAAAAUCACUUUUGAACACGCAGUGCGGUGCGUUCUUAAACAUACAACCAGCUACACAAACUCUGUGGUUUCACAAGCUACCCUCUGGUCAUCUGUAUUUGCAAUUGAAGUGCCUUGCACCGCAAACACCCAUUCUUCUGCAUUUCUGCUGGCAUUUCCACACGCGUCAUAGACGUAACAAGGGACAGCUAUUGUGGCCUCUUUUAUGAUCAUUGGACCUGAAGUGUGAAUAAAAAAACAUUCAAUCCGC